AUGGAGGUGCCCACCGUCAAGGACUUCCAGUGGAAGCGCCUGGCACCGCUGCCGAGCCGCCGGGUGUACUGCUCCCUGCUGGAAACCGGGGGACAGGUCUAUGCCAUCGGGGGCUGUGACGACAACGGCGUCCCCAUGGACUGCUUCGAGGUCUACUCCCCCGAGGCCGACCAGUGGACCGCCCUGCCCCCGCUGCCCACGGCCCGGGCCGGCGUGGCCGUCACCGCCCUGGGGAAGCGGAUCAUGGUGAUCGGGGGUGUGGGCGCCAGUCAGCUGCCCCUGAAGGUCGUGGAGAUGUACAACAUCGACGAGGGCAAGUGGAAGAAGAGGAGCGCGCUGCGCGAGGCCGCCAUGGGCAUUUCGGUCACCGCCAAAGAUUACCGCGUGUACGCAGCGGGCGGGAUGGGCCUGGACCUCCGUCCACACAAUCACCUCCAACACUAUGACAUGCUCAAGGAUAUGUGGGUGUCUCUGGCACACAUGCCCACCCCUAGAUAUGCCGCCACCUCCUUCCUCCGAGGCUCCAAGAUCUACGUGCUGGGAGGACGGCAAUCCAAGUAUGCGGUCAACGCCUUCGAGGUCUUUGACAUUGAGACGCGCUCCUGGACCAAGUUCCCCAACAUCCCCUGCAAACGGGCCUUCUCCAGCUUUGUGACCCUGGACGACCGCUUGUAUAGCCUGGGGGGCCUGCGGCAGGGGCGGCUCUACCGGCAGCCCAAGUUCCUCCGGACGAUGGACGUGUUCGACAUGGAGCAAGGGGGAUGGCUGAAGAUGGAGCGUUCCUUCUUCCUCAAGAAGCGGCGGGCAGACUUUGUGGCCGGCUCUCUGAGUGGUCGGGUCAUCGUGGCUGGAGGACUUGGGAACCAGCCCACGGUCCUGGAGACGGCUGAGGCGUUCCACCCGGGGAAGAGCCGCUGGGAGGCCCUCCCCGCCAUGCCCACGCCCCGCUGCGCCUGCUCUAGCCUUGUCCUCAGGAACUGCCUACUGGCCGUGGGCGGCGUCAACCAGGGUCUGAGCGACGCGGUGGAGGCCUUGUGUGUCUCGGACUCCUAG